GUACAAAAAGACAGUGUGGAAACUGACAGAGUGGAAGCUGGAUGUCAAACUUUUAACAUUUUUGAUACCUGUGUUCUGUUGGUACAUAAUGAAUAAUGACAUGAAUGUUACCUAUAUUUUAUUGGAUGGGUAUGUAGAAAUGAGCAAAUACAAAUAUGUUUAUUUUUUAAUCAUGUUUUCUGCUUAUAUACUAAUUAUAUGCAGUAAUUUGACUAUUGUGUACCUCAUAUGGGUUAACAAAAACCUCCAUGAACCAAUGUAUGUUUUUAUUGCUGCGUUGCUUGUGAAUUGUGUUUUUUACAGCACGGCCACUUACCCAAAGCUUUUGAUCGACUUUUUGUCUGAAAAACAGAAGAUAACUUAUCAAGCCUGUCUCCUUCAGUUUUAUUUCUUCUACUUUGUAGGGCCAGCCGAGUUCUUUCUAUUAGCAGCCAUGUCCUAUGAUAGAUAUGUGUCCAUAUGCAGGCCUCUGCUAUACCCGACUAUUAUGACAAACACCACAGUUACUGUUUUCCUGGUUUUCUCUUGGUUCAUACCAGCUUGUCAUGCAUCAAUUCCACUAAUAAUGCUUAGCAGCACUAAAGUUAAACUCUGUAACUUUAAUAUUAAAGGAGUAUUUUGUAAUAAUGCCAUUUACACACUUCAGUGUGCGAUGCCAAGAUCUCUUGCUAUUUUUGGUGUAUUUGCAAUACUGGAUGUAGUAAUACUUCCUAUACUUUUCAUUUUGUUCUCAUAUACAAAGAUAAUGAUUAUUUCUUACAGAAGCUGUAAAGAGGUGAGGAAAAAAGCUGCUGAGACAUGUCUACCCCAUUUGUUGGUUUUAUUCAGCUUGACUUUGUUGAGUGUGUAUGACAUAUGCAUCGUUCGAGUGGAAUCAGGCAUCUCCAAACCUGCACGUUUAAUUAUGACAUUACAAAUUGUUUUGUAUCAUCCUUUAUUUAAUCCAUUUAUUUAUGGGUUUAAAAUGAAGGAAAUUUACAAACAUCUUAAGCAAUUUUUCUGGAGAGUAAAAAUGCUCUUAACUAAAAAUCCACAGCAGUUUUGA